AUCACAUACUCCUAUGUACAAUACCCUCACAUAUCACACACUAAUACAACACUUCACUUUCAAGUUCCAAAAGACCAAAGCCAAAUGAACAAUUUCAACACCACUCUUGAAUCCGAUGAUUUCUCUCUUCUAGAAUCCAUUCAACGUUACCUCCUUGAUGAUAACGAAGAUUUCAACGCUCUAACGGAGGUUUUAGCAACACCCAAUAAUGUCGAUGCCGUUAACUCUCCAUUAUCUUUGUCAGAACAUGCAACAACGACUGCCACGGCGGCGCGUGGGGCUUCAGUUGCGGUGGCGCGUGCUAGCCACGCCCGUAGCCAAAAUUAUAAGGGGGUGAGGCGUAGGCCUUGGGGCAAGUUUGCAGCUGAGAUAAGGGACCCGAAUAAGAACGUGAGAGUGUGGCUUGGGACUUACGAGUCGGCUGAGGAUGCGGCUCUGGCUUAUGAUCGAGCCGCUUUUGAAAUGCGUGGCUCGAAAGCUAAGCUCAAUUUUCCUCAUUUAAUUGGGUGCAAUGAUGCCGAGCCGAGCCAAAGACAGUAAUGGCUAAGCUGGGUUUGAUGGAGCUAAAAAUGAAGAUGAGCUGAGCCACUGCAGUGGAAUAUAGAGUCCAUGUCUUCAUGAUAUUUUAUGAUGCUAUAAGCAAUCAUUUGCUGGGUCAUUGGUUGAUUUGUUUUUAGGAAUGUUAUAUCUCUUCUAAAUUU